AUGCCAGGAGUUAUUUACUGUAUGCCAGGCUCUGCAAGAAGCUCGCUCUUCCCCCAGCUGAUCAAGUUCAUCGGUCUUGACGUCGAGGUCAAGGGCCCCUCUGCUCCGUGUUUUGCCGAGAACUUCCCGCUGAAAAAGUGUCCUGCGUACAGAGAACCCGACGGCUUCAAACUCACCGAAGCGCUCGCCAUCGUCAAGUACUUUGCGGACCAGGCGCCAGAAAAAUACAACUGGUUCGGAAAGACCAAGCAGGAGGAAGCCAAGGUCUGGCAGUGGCUGUCGUUCAUCAACAGCGACUACGUGAACGCUCUGUGCGAGUGGGCACUGCCUUCCUUUGGCAUGCGUCCGUACGACAAGGAGAAAAUCGACAACGGCGUCGCCAAGCUCGAGCAGCUGACCCGGUUGUUAGAAGACCAGCUGCAGAAGACGAAGUAUCUUGUCGGCGACGAGGCCACUCUCGCCGAUCUGUACGCCAUCCAGUCGGUGAAAAUCUGCUACGGCAACCUGUGGGAGGAGUCGUGGGUCAAGGAGCACCCAGCCGUUGCCAGAUGGGUCCAGCUGCUGAAGGAGGACCCGGUUGUUGGUGAGGAUCUGAAGGAUCUGAAGCCGGCUGCCAAGGCUGUUCUGGGGCCGUAG